ACGUGUGCUCUUGUCAAAAUUAAAAACAAAUAGUCUUGAACGGUUACAUUUUAAUAUUAGUAAAUUUUAAGUAGAAAAUGAACGCUGUGAUGUAAUGAGCGGUCUUAUUUGAUGUGAAAUUGAAAGUUAAGGGGUUCCUGCUGCUAUCCUGCAAUAAAGAUGAGCUGGUUUGAUACAUCAGGAAUAGCAAGUAUUGCCAAGUCGGCUUUGAAAGAGGCCCAGAGGACAAUUGAUAAAGCCCUGGACAUCAAGGAUGAUGGUGGGGACACUACAACAGUGCCUGCGAACACCCCCAUAGAUACAAACUCUGAUGAUUUCUUUGGAAACUGGGGAAUUAGCAAUGCUGGCACUCCCAAUAAGGAGGCCAGUGAAGAAGUGAUAACAAAAAGUUCAUACAAAAGUAUUAAGGGCUCCACAAGUAUUUGGGGGUCUUUCACUGGCUCAUUCUUCGAUCCAUAUGAGAAAAGCUUGGUGCAAAAGGAUAGCAAAGAUUCAGUGGAUAGCUUGGAUGAUUCUGCUGAUUUAGGUAUAGAACAUUUCAGUGGCAGUAAACUUGUUGUCCAGACCAGCGAAGAUCCAGAUGUUUUGUCAUUUGUUGCUACACCUGAAAACAAUGAAGAUGAGAAUUUGGAGAGUGCUGCAUCUAGUGAUAGCACUUCUGCUGUCAAGCAUAGAGAGAUGGAGCCAGGAAAUAUAGAUAAUAGAGUUUCAAUUGUAAGCACUGAUAGUGAUAGGAAGAGUUCUGAGAGUGUUGAAGUAGUUAAUGGAGGGACUGGAUGCACAACAUCACCAGAAUCUGAAGCUCUUUCAAUUUCUACCAGUUCUGCUUUAGGCUCUAAACAAACAUCUGACUCUGUAGAAGUGCUACCAAAUAGUUUAACAAGUCCCAGUUCAGUGGAAGUAUUAGGAACUGAUAGUAUUUCUAGUCGACGGCAGUCCCAAUACACGGACGAAUUCGUCUCACCUUUGCAAACGCCAGACGAUGUUGGCAGCGGCGAGAAAAUGACACCGGAUAGUGUGGAGGUGAUUCCAGAUGAUGCGGAUGAGAACAGCAUGGCGGACGACACAAUAUCUUAUAAUUCCGUCUCUGAAAGUACUGCGACGACUGUAUUCGAAGGUCUUAAUUUGAAUUUAAAACCUAAAUCUAUUGCUUUAGUGAAAUCUGAGAAGAUGGCGGAGAGCUUUUCUAGUGAUAUUUCACUAAGUCCUGACAAGACACUUAACUUAAUCGAAAUUCCUAUAACACGAGCUCCGAGUCGAGGGGGAAUGCAUCUUCCACUGAAUCUUAUAGAUACCCAACCUCAGAGCGUGAAACAGGACUUGACUAACUUAAAUAAAACUUCUAACAUAAUCGAUAUUCCAUCGGAAAGCAACGAAACGGUCAGGAAUGAAAUCGACGAGGGAGCUCAAUCGGAUAAGACUAUUGUAUCAAGCGAUAGCGUGAUGGAAAGCAGCAGCGACACAAGCACAACUACCGAUAGCAACACGAAUUCAAUUUAUUUGAAGAACAUGCUUGCCGAUGCUAUGACGGAGAAACGCGAUAGCGAGCCGAAGGCAAACCAUUUCAUGGAUCUAACCCAAAGCAUGAUUGACUCCAGUCAGGCUGCAGAAGCGCUGGAGAAUAUUUCAAUCGUACAAUUAGACAUGCCCCCUAGGGAAACAUCACCGUUCAGCUCGGAGAGUCGCUCGGAUUUAGUCAAAAUCGGUUCCGACCAUACCUCUGGCCACACCUCAGGCGAUGAAUUCGAAACCACAACAUCAUCGGACAUCGAGAUUAUAUCCAGUCCGAAUGGCGAUUCCAGUAGUACUCAUAGCAGACACAGCCCAGCGAAAUUACCGGUGGUAGUGAAAAGCAAGGGCGACACAAACAUCGACAGUCUACUGGGAAAAAUGACAUUCAAGAAAAUUAAGGGUCACAAUCGGGAGUUGUCGGAAGCGUCCAGCAUCAGCGAUGAUACGGAGAUAGAGAGACUAGUCAAACGGUUAUCAGAGAUGACGGAAAUACUGGAAUCGCGCGAGUCAAAAUUAAUCGAAAUCACCAGGAAGAACUCUGAAAUACAAGAAGCCAACAGUCACCUCCGCAAGCAGCUGGACGAGAUUGUUAAUAAGCAGUUAGAGUCUGCAGACCUCUCGCAAGUCACAGAGGAAUACACACAACGUUUGUCUGCAUUGGAGAGAAAAUUCCAGCAAGCAAUCAGAGAGAAAGAUAACUUGCGGAAGCAACUUGAACAAUGCAAACUCGAUAGCUCUACUAGAAUGAGCAAAAGUGAAAUGGAUAUUGUGUUGGAAGAGAAAAUUCAGACGAUUAGAGAGCUUCGUGAGGAAGGUGAAAAGUUGUCCAAGCAGCAGCUACAACAUUCCAAUAUUAUUAAGAAACUUAGAGCGAAGGAAAAGGAUAACGAAACCGCCAUUAAGCACCUCAAAGAAUCGGUGGAAGAUUUGUCUUCGGAAACUGAUCGUCUGAAGAGAUCGCUGCAAGCCAAAGAAGAAGUAGAGAGGUCACAGAUCGAGGCAGUCCACCAAUUGACUGCGAAAAAUAAGAAAAUUGAUUUCGAGUUCAAUCAGUUGAAGGAUAAUUACGACGAUCUGCAACAGAAGCACGAGACGGUUAAAAAGUCGUUGGAUGCAGCCAAGAAAGAGCUACUCGAUAAGAAUAGGGCAAGCAGCGAACUGUUGCACAGGGAGCAUAUGCUGCAAAGUUUGGAAAAUGAGAAACGCAUGACGGAAUCCCAAAACGAAGAGAUCAUCAAUCAGCUGGAAGAUUUGAGAUCAAAGAUGCGUGAUGCUGAACAGGUUUAUUUGAAGAAGGAGCAGGGCUUGCGUGCGGAGAACAUGGAUUUGCUCAGAAGAUUGGAUGAGGCCGAAAGUAGAAAUGAGGAAUUAACACAGUCGGUACUCGAAGUCAGUAAACCGUUGGUGCGUCAGCUGGAAACUCUUCAGGCUACACACAAUAUGAAGUUGGCCAGUUUCGAGAAGAUCGAGCAGGGUUUUGUUAUUAAAAUAAAUGAAUUGCAAAAUAAGCUGCACGGCUCUAACGAAUCGGAGAAAUCUAUUAAAGAUGAGUGCGUUAUGCUGAAAUCGAAAUUGACCGCCUUGGAUAAUCAGAUCACCACUUACAUGCACGAGAAUGAAAUGAUAAAAAUGCAAUUGGAGCAACAGAAAACUGAUAAGAUGGUUCAGAGCAAGAUGCGAAUAGGUAUGGAAGUGGAUAAUUUGAAACAGAAAAUUAAAAGCGAGCAAGAAAUUAUUGAUAAGUUACAGCAGGAAAUCGAAUUGUUGCAGCAGACGUUGAUCAGCGAAAGAUCCGCAAACGAAUCGGAGAGGAAACGUAACAUGGUCUUACAAGAGCAAAUUCGUGACCGGAACGAUUCUUUGGCUAAUUUUACCCGGACUUCACCGAAUCCGGGAACCGUUUCUCCAGCCUUAAGUAUUGGUAGAGUUUCACUUUCGGAAUCCCUUAAUAGUUCACUUUGGCCAUCUGAUGAACCUUUCGAAGUGAGCUCCGUGUCUAGAUGCACCAAUAUGCUAGAGAUGCAAAUGUUCCAAACCAGCUUGAAGCAGAGAGAUGGAGAGGUGCAGCAGCUGCAAUGGGAGUUAAACCGAAGGGAACACGAGAGAACGCUCCUUAAUGCGGAAAUUUCGAAUCUGCUGACGCGUGUCGAAGAGUUCGAGAUUCAGUGCAAAGAUUACGACGUAGUGAAAAAUGAGUUGGAGGAAUUGCAGCAGCAGUACGAAACAAUGUGUCAGCUGUAUGGGGAGAAAGUCGAGGAAUCUGAAGAGCUGAAGCUGGACUUGGUGGAUGUCAAGGAUAUGUACAAAGCGCAAAUCGACGAACUUCUGAAGCAGCAGCGCAACUCCAAAAGCUAAUUUGACCCUGACGUAAUUUUUAUCCUUAUUUGAAUGUAUAUUAUUGUUCGGGGUGUUUAUUUUUACUUACCGUUAUAAUGGAGUUUCGAGCGCUCCGCGGAUUUAAGUUUUAUAUGCUGUGAUAAUUGAUAAAAAAAUAUAUAGAAUUUAU